AAAGUGUGAAUAGUGUAGAGACUAAUCGAUAUUUAAAAUGUUCGAUCUAUCGACUAUUCGUCCAAUUACUAAUAAGAAAAUCAAAAUAAUAACAAUAAAAAAAUAUAAUUUGUUAUCUACAAAGGGCGGGCCACAAUACUGGGGCUGGGGGUCGUGGUAAAGCAGUUGCAUUAUAUUUAAUUCCGCAAACAUGAAGCAGGAGCAAACCCCACUGUCAAUUUUUGCCGAGGACAUCCUCAAGAAUUAUGGAUCGUUCAUGGAGGAGCAUGAUGAUAAACUGAAAUUGUUAAGCAACAAAUUGCCCGUUUCCCAUCAUUCCGUCUCCGUUUCCCCAAUAUCAAUGACGCCGGUGAUUGAGCUAAACUUUGGCCGAAAUGAGUCGUCUGCCGUUUCGGAGAUGAGCUUCGAGGAGUCGGAAUUGCUGGCGAAUAAGACGCUUACGACGCUGGCGAACCUGUGCAAUCAGUGCCGAAACUUGGCCCACACGGCAAGGCAGUAUCAGCUGGCUUUCAUGUUCAGUGACUUUCGGCUGCUGGACGAUGUCCGUAGCUCCCCCGCUUCGGACGGUGCCGGGCUGGAGGGUCCGCUAUUUCGCAUGAGCGGCUCCAUGGAGUUCUUCUGCCAAGUGUUCUUUCUGCUGAAGCGCAUCGUUGUGAUACUCCAGAAUCUGUGGCGGCAAAUAUCUUCUGCCGCAGACAGCGUGCCAGCAUCCAAUAUAUUCACUGUAUUUGAUUGUAUGACCGAACUGCUGGAGCACGCUGUCGUCUUCAGCGAACUGGCCGUCCAGUCGAAGAUUUCGGUCAAGUGGACGCUGUACAAGGAGUGGCUGGUGACGCUCUCCCAUAGCGGACUCACAUCUGACCGUUGUUCGGGCUUUGAGCUAGCUGGCCUGCGGACUUCGCUGGCCGAAAUGGAGAGCGUAAUAGCGGGCAACCUCUUUCGGCAUCUUCUAGAUAGCCUGCUGGAGUUGAAAAAGCAGUUCAGCCCAAAGGAAGUGGGCCACAUCAGUCAGCACUCGAAUGCCUACCUCCGCAAGCUGCUCCUGCAAAUCGAUGGAAAUCAGAACAACGAAUUGGGGAACUUCGAGGAACCCAAGCACUUGGUUCGCCUGGUCGCCUUCGUGGCAGUGCAACACGAACUGGGCAUCCAGAUGGAGGCGAAGUUGGUGCGGAAUGUGUCCGAUGUGGUUAAUAGGCACCAGCGUUUGCCCCUGAAUCAAAGCGUUUACUGGUCUCCCGGAGCGUUCCUGGCGCAGCAUGCCAAGACCCUCCUGAAAACCCCGGCCAAGCUUCAGGAUUUUCAGGGAGGAAAGGCGCAUAGUUCGGUUCUGGAGAAGAUUAAGUGCAGCGACCUGAAGAGCUGCCGCCAAUUGGGGGCCCAAAUUUCGCUAUGGUCAAUCAGUAUUCAGAGGGUGCUCGAUGCCGGGGUCUUUGGACGCCUAAAGACCUUCUCCCAGUUGAUCCUCAGUGGGCAGUCGUAUGCCGAGCAGGUGACCCGCCUGGCCGACUCGCUGGUUAACCGCCAUGUGGCCCUGAUGACGCCCCUCUCCAAGUCCGACUGGUUUGUGCUGUGCCGCCUGCUGCAGUAUCUGAAAGUGCUACAAAAGACAUUUGAAUCGAACCAAAUUGACUUUGUGCGCUUCACCAGCUCCCUGAUUCAGUGGCAAAAACAGCGAGUCCUGCACUUGCUACAGACGACCAGGAAGAAGAUCGUGGACUUAAAGCUGCUGCAGCGCAAGGUUAACUUUCUGUCAACGAUGAAGCUGGCCGAGAAGUCAAUACUGGGCUUUCCGAGCAAAAAACGUUUGACCUUCAUAGAUCUGGCCGUGGGCGAGUUCCUGGACAAGGAUCGCCUCCUGCCCGCCGACAAGCAUAAGGUCUUUCAGUCUAUCCUUCAGCGGGCCAACAAUCUCAACAGCUUUGGUAGCAACAUGAGGCAGCAGUUGGAUUCCUCGGGUCUUAUAUACAACUACUGGUUCCUCAGCACUUCCCUGCUCAAGGAGUUUACCGAGCAGCAGCGCAAUCCUUACGCUCUACAGAACCUUGUGGCUGUGAGCUAUCAUUUGGAAAAGAGCAUGGCCAUUUUCGGGAGCAGCGACCAGUGCCCGCCAAAGCCAACGGCCAAUAGCCUGAUGAUCGAGUUCCUGCGAACACACCUGGAGUUGUUUCUGCGCGUAGAAACCCUCUCGCAUCUGUUCCAGAGCCAGGAUCAACCCUUUCAGCAGAGCGUCUUGGACUACCGCCAUUGCAUCCAGGCGGCUGCAACGGAAUUCGGCGGAGACUACAAUAUCAUACGAGACAACCUUGAGAACUACUUCACGGCCACAUUCUACAACCUGACAACGAUUGCGCCGCACGACUGGAAGACGUACGAGAAGAUGCGACACUUUGCCAGCAAAGUCCUGCAGCUGCGUCCCAUUGACGACCAUUUGCCCAACCAGAUCAUUGACCAGGGCAUCGAUGUGCUGCAGAUCAUGCGUAAUAUCCACACAUUCGCCUCAUCCUAUGCCUACAACAUGAACCUCCAGCUGUUCGUAGAGACGCACAGCAAGGGCAAGCACUUGGACAUCAUUGGCACUCGGCAUGUGGCCAAUUCAGUGCAGACCCACGGCUCGGGCAUUAUAAAUACCACGGUGAACUUUAUCUAUCAGUUUCUGCGCCAGAAGUUCUACACCUUCUCCACCUUCCUGCACGACGAGCAGAUCAAGUCGCGUCUGCUCAAGGAGCUGCGCUUUCACUCGGAGCACAAGCACAUCAAGCCCUACCAAUCGUACCCGUACGAGCGGGCCGAGAACUUUCUCAGGAAGAUCAGGAAGCUGGGUUUCGCCAGCAAUGGCGAGACCUACAUUGACCUGUUUAGGAAAGUCAUAACGCAAGUCGGUAAUGCCGUGGGCUACGUUCGCCUUCUGCAGGCGGGAAGCAAGAACGCCAACUACCGGAGUCGCUCAUACAUGCCUAAGCUCGACAUUCAGUUUGGUGUGGGAGAUGAGCCUAAGGGACUGCUGGAGGCCACUGCGAGCUCCAUCAAAGAGUACGAGAAGAGUGUGGGCCACAUGAGGGAAUGCUACUCCGGUCACACAAAUUAUUUUAAGUUGCUGGUGCAAGGCUUCAAGCCGUUCCUGUGCAAUCCGCACAAUCAUCAUUUAAAGACCUUCUACCUUAUCACGCCGGCGCUGAUCAUGAACUACAUUGACUACCGGGUUAAGGAGAAGCUGAAGAUCCACCAGAAGGACCUGUCAAAGAUGUCGCUGUUCGAGGAUGGCUUCGCCGUCGGCCUUGUCUACAUCCUGAGCAUGCUGAACCAGCAAAGCGAAUUCCAUGAACUGGGCUGGAGCCAAACCACCGCCCAGCAGCUGAAGGAGGAACGCGCCAAGGUGCGCGACUUGCUUGCAGGCCAGCAGGCAACGGCCACGCCAACGAACGAGAAGCUGUCCCAGACGAUGGCCAUUACCGAGCACCAUGUGAAUGCCUACGAGCAUGAGUACAAUCUCUUGUACGCCACCCUAAGUAGCGCCGAGAUAUUCUUCCAAUAAAGCUAACUGUCCUACAAAGUAGUUUUAUUAACAUGCAAAACGAGCAACUAUUCAAAAUAUUGUUGUGGCAAAAUGGCUUAAAUUAGUUUAUUAAAUUAAACUGAAUACCCU